AUGGCACCUCAUGGGGGUGACAUUGCUGGCAGUCUUUUCCAAAACUAUGGAAUAUUCGCGAAAGGACAAGCCGCCCCUGCUUCUCUCCAAGCAGGCAGUAUCUUUACUGAGUUGCAGUGUUGCGACGUUUUCGGAGCCCUUGGAAGCGGUUUCGAGCACGCAUGCCACCUAACAGCGAAAACAAUGCAACUUCGUUUCCAAAGAUUUCAAGAAGAGCGAAAUGAGACAGUUUUUCAGCUCCUUUUUCUUCUCAUCGAUACUCCACUAUCUCCGCUUACACGCUCCGGCAGCGGAUGUAACUCUGCUAGUACCGUGGAGACGCGAGUACUCAAUCUGGCGGUCUGUUCGAAAGAGCUACGGUUUAGAGUGCGUCACAUGGAUGACCCGACCGACGAGCAGAAUGAUUUGGAACGUCCACGAGUGUCAAUUACGAUGAAGCCGCCUUUCACAAUCUCGAAAGUCCAACUCGACGACCAGCAGCAUAAACACAUCGUCGACAAACUCAUCUCCGUUAUCGAGACUAUCAAUGCAAUCUGGAAGCGUAAAAGCCAGAGCUCUUACCAAUACUCUGUCUCAAGCCCAUCGAGUGGCUAUGCUCAGGACAUGGACGAUGAUAAUAUCGCAUGGGGCCCUGUUUCUCGCAAAAGGAAAUGA